GAUCUCCGUGCUCUCUCCUUUCCUCUUUCUCCAACAAACAAAAUCAUCAUCCGUAAAUGGAAAAAGUAGCCACAAGAUUAUCCCAACUUCAACAAGAAAUGGUCAUAACAAGAGUCAAGUUUCCUAAACUUUAUAUAGUCUUCACUCAGCUUUAAGACCGUGUCUUCUCCUCCCAUACCAACCCAUCCGAGUUAACUCAACCAUUCUCGUUACCCCUCUCUCUCUCGAGUUCUCUUUUCCAUGGGAAGAGCUCCCUGCUGUGACAAAGCCAACGUGAAAAGAGGGUCAUGGUCGCUUGAUGAGGACGACACGCUCAGGAGCUAUCUCCGGAAACACGGCACCGGCGGCAGCUGGAUCGCUCUUCCUCGUAAAGCAGGCCUUAAACGCUGCGGGAAGAGUUGUCGCCUGCGGUGGCUGAACUAUCUCAGGCCAGACAUCAAGCAUGGAGGAUUUACCGAAGAAGAAGACAACAUCAUAUGCUCCCUCUAUAACACCAUAGGAAGCAGGUGGUCGAUGAUCGCUGCCCAACUGCCGGGAAGAACAGACAACGAUGUAAAGAACCACUGGAACACCAAGCUGAAGAAAAGAUUAUCGUCGGAAAAAACCAACAGCUCCACCAGUUCGGUUCCAGUUGAAGCUGAACCUCUCGGUCACUUGAAUGACAAUAUCACUGCUAUAUCGUCUUCUUCCAUGGCAGACGUGAAAUACCCGCAGGAUUAUGAUCAUUCGGGGUUUGUUUCGGACCAGAUCGAUCAGUUCCCUCUACCGGGUCUUAUGGAUUAUAGCGCCACGACGAGUACUACCGCAAGCAACAAUUACAGUAUGUCGUCUUCCCAUGAUGUUUCGAAUCUCUUCGGUUCAUCUUUCUUUUCACUGGAGGAUUACUCUACUGCUUGGUCUGGCAAUGGAGGCGCUGAAGAACAAGGAAUUGUAUUGGAUCAUCUUCAUUUUGAGGGGCCCCACUAUCUGUUCACUGCACCUGAUCAAAUGUAGAUGUACUUUCCCGUACAACGUAUAAAGAUGGCUAGCCUAGCAGUAUUUUAUUAUAU